AUGACUGAAGACAGGAGAGAAAUGAACCCACGGACAGACUUCAUCAAGAUGGCAACAACGGGACUGGCAUCGAUGGGGACGCGUCUGAAUCGCACCCCUGCUGAGAUGGAGAAGGGAGAUAAUGUUCUUUUUGAAGAGGCCAACGGAAGCGACCGAUCUACUGAUGGCGAGUUUACCUGGACGCCCGAGGAGGAGAAGAAGGUCCGACGCAAACUGGAUCGAGUGAUCGUGCCGCUCAGUACCUUUCUAUAUCUGCUAUGCUUUCUUGAUCGUGUAAACGUUGGAAAUGCACGCAUUCAGGGUAUGGCUGAGGACUUGAACCUCGUGGGUGUCCGCUUCAACUGGGUGACUUCGAUAUUCUACAUUGUUUACAUGUUUGUCGAAGUACCCAGCAACAUUCUCCUGAAGAAACUCGGCCCAAAGUACUAUUUGCCACUUCUUGUGUGCGGAUUUGGCAUGGUAUCACUCUGCAGCGCUUUUGUGCAUAACUUUGGAGGAUUGCUAGUUGCAAGAGCUUUUCUAGGGGUCUUUGAAGGCGGUGUAAUGCCUGGUCUUGCCUUCUUCAUCACCUGCUUUUACAAGCGCAACGAGCUCUUGUUCCGCGUCGGUAUUUACGUUUCUGCAGCCUCCAUGGCUGGAGCCUUUGGUGGACUACUCGCCACUGUUCUUGCUCGCAUUCCGCCAUGGGGAGCUUCGGGCAUGAUCAUCCAUACCUGGCGUAACAUCUUUUUCUUCGAGGGACUUUUUACCGUACUCGUCGGCCUUGGAGCACCCUUCCUCAUGCCUCGCAGCCCACAAGAAUGCUGGUUCUUGAACGAGCGCGAGCGGAUGAUUGCUACCCAGCGACUUAUGCUGAAGAGUGGAGCUGAUGAAAAUGAGAAGACGGAAGUACACCACGUGAAGAGGGCUGUGAUGAACAUCACAAACUACUUCUGUGCCUUUGGCUUCUUCUUUAUCAACAUCACUGUGCAGGGUAUCUCUCUAUUCAUGCCCACUAUUCUCAGGGAUCUUGGCUGGACGGCCACGAAGUCUCAACUUUAUUCAGUACCUCCCUAUGUAUGCGCGUGCCUAAUUGCCAUUGCAGUGGCCUUUGUUUCGGACAAGACCAACCGCCGUGGUAUCUACCUCGCCAUUUUUACGCUCCCGGCCAUUGCGGGCUUCUCUAUUAUGCGAUGGGCUACCGACCCGAACGUCAGAUACGGCGGUAUUUUCCUUAUCACCAUUGGCGCAUUUCCAGGUGGUCCUGGUUUCCUCGCGUGGGCGGCAAACAAUGCAGCAGGUCCUGCUGUCCGCUCGGUCUCGACUGCUUACGUGGUCACGCUUGGUACUGCUGGAGGUAUUCUUGCGACCUGGACGUAUACUAGCCAGGAUGCACCAAAGUAUCCGACAGGUCAUACUAUCAACUUGGCUGGUCAGAUCUGCGUGUGCCUUCUCGCCACUUUCGGAAUCUUUUAUUGCAAGUGGGAGAACAAGCAGCGCGACCUGGGCAAGCGAGACCACCGUCUGGUUCUCGAGUCAGCUGAUCGAGGUAAAAGCAAAAACCGUUUCACAUCGUGUAUGAUCCGAAUGCCCGUUAUGCAUGUACUCGCUACAAUUCUGGCUGUCGCUACUGUAGCACAGGCACACUAUACUUUCCCACGUCUCGUAAUUGAAGGAAAGCCAGAGGCUAAAGACCGGUCUUCGACACGCGAGACCAAGAACGCAAAUACCAAGCAAGGCAUUGAGAACCCCACCGUUGCUGACAUUCGCUGCUACACUUCCAAAACCGCUCCAAAUAUUGCAAUUGUGCCAGCCGGGUCAACCGUCCACUAUAUCUCGACGCAACAAGUCAACCACCCAGGACCGACACAAUACUAUCUUGCAAAGGUUCCAGACGGCAGGGAUGAAAAGAGUUGGGAUGGGAGUGGCGCAGUGUGGUUCAAAAUCAGCACUACGAUGCCGAGCGUAAAUGCGCAGAAACAGAUGGGCUGGCCAGGACAGAAUGAGUAUACUACUCCCAACACAACAAUUCCUGCUACGACACCCGCGGGCGAGUACCUGCUUCGCGUUGAACACAUAGCACUACACAUGGCUAUGCAAGCCAACAAAGCGCAGUUUUACCUGGCCUGCUCGCAGAUCAAAAUUACCGAGGGAGGAAGCGGGGUUCCUGGACCUCUUGUUGCAUUGCCUGGCGCAUACAAAAGCAACGACCCAGGGAUUCUCGUAGAUCUGAACAAGUACACGGCAGCCCCUGAGACAUAUCAGCCACCAGGUCCAGCUGUUUGGCGUGGUUAA